AUGCCGUUUUCUCUGGCCCCGCCCCUCACCAGCAGAUGGCAGUAAGGAGCUUCCGGGUUUGUUUUGAAACUCGUGGCAGAAAAAGAGAAGGCGAGUGUACGACUUGUUUACAAACUUUAACUGCACGAGGCAGAACCAGUCAGAGAUGCUGAUCCGGCAGCUGGCACGGAGACUCCUGCUCCGUCAGGUGGAUUGUGGGAAUCGGAUCACAGUCCUGAGGGCUCUGAGCGUCGAACCCCAGCCAAAGUCAGAUUUAGCAGAGUUCCGUGACGUUUUCUCCAAGGCCAAGCACAUUGCCAUCAUCACCGGAGCCGGAGUGAGCGCCGAGAGCGGCCUGCCCACCUUCAGAGCGGCCAGCGGACACUGGAGGAAGUGGAAGACGCAGGAUCUGGCAACCCCACAGGCAUUUUCCCGUAACUCGUCUCGUGUGUGGGAGUUCUAUCAAUACUGGAGGGAGUUAGCGCUAAAGGCUAAACCCAGCGCCGCGCACGUGGCCAUCGCCGAGUGCGAGGCCCGUCUCAGGCAGCAGGGCCGCACCGUGGUGGUCAUCACUCAGAACACGGACGAGCUGCACCGCCAAGCAGGCAGUAAACACAUCCUCGAGGUCCACGGAAGUGUUUUCAGGACCCGGUGUCUGAGCUGUGGAGACGUGGACGUGAAUCAUCACAGCCCCAUCUGUGCUGCUCUGCAGGGUAAAGGUGAUCCGGAUCCAAACUGCAUCGAAGCCGACAUUCCUGUGGAACAUUUACCGAGGUGCGAUGAGAGAGGCUGCGACGGUCUCCUGAGGCCCGAUGUCAUCUGGUUUGGGGAGACGCUGGACUCACACGUCCUCACCAAGGUGGAGAAAGAGCUGGACGCCUGCGACCUCUGCCUGCUGGUCGGUACUGCGUCGGUCGUCUUCCCGGCAGCCAUGUUUGCCCCCCAGGUGGCGUCCCGAGGCGUUCCGGUAGCGGAGUUCAACAUCCGGCCUCGACCCAGCACGUCUCGGUUCACUUUUUAUUUCCAGGGCCCGUGUGCUGAAACGAUCCCCAUCGCUCUCUCUCCUCACGAGUCCGAGCUGCUGUGAGACUCCGAGAGGACGGCGACCUCCGAGCUGCCCAGUGUCCACGUGUCCGCUCAGCGUCUGAGAGGCAGGAUGGGGUUACCAUGCAGCGUGUGCACUCUCGAGGUCGUUUUAUUGAUCUGAUUACUGAAGUGUGUAAAUGUAACGCUGUUUCAGGAUACAGGAAGUUGAAUUUGCUGUUUAAUAAGACAGAUGAUGAGACGUUGUUACUUUAAACUCUUCAAACGAUCCAAACACAACAACAUCCCUCCAGAUGAUGGGAUCUUGUAGUUUAAUUUUGGACUUUACGCCACUGAGUAUUAAGAAUUUUAUAUAUAGAAAAGAAACCAGAGGGGAAAAAUGAGAAACGUGCCAAACACGAUUUUUUUUUUUUUUU